UAUAUAUAUAUAUAUAUAUAUAUAUAAGGUCUGACUGGGUGACGCAGAGAAAGUUCUGUAAAAUGGAAAAUGAGAAAAACAGUUCUGUGCCGUCCACAGAUCUUUUUGAAAGCAUAUCCCCGGGGUCAUGUGGCUAUAUAGAGAACAUCCUUCCUGUACUGCACAAUUCUUACAUGAACCCGGAGUCUGCAAAAUGUUUCAGCUAUAACCAUGCUUAUCUAGUAAAAAAUGAUGUUCUUCUGGAAAAGUUCAAUUUCAGUUAUGUAGAAAAGAAGAAAAAAGGCUAUAAGCCUGAAGAGCUUGAAGAGUCUUUCGGCUUCCUUCUGUGUGAGCAGGAGAACCAGGCAAAACAGCUCUGUGAAACUGGUUUGAAAGUUGGAAAUAGUUCAUGCUCUACACUAGGAGAUCCCACAAAGGGUGUUUAUAUUUCAAAAUAUUCUGACUGCCUAGACCUCAAGCCGUGGCACAAUGGAAAAUCUGGCUGCAUUGUCAUUUUCAGACUUAUUAAGGGCAGAGUAAAAGCAGUGACAGAAAACUACACUGCUAAUUUUCCAAAACCAUCCGUUGGCUAUGAUUGCCAUGUCUCUGAAAAAAUUGGGACAAUCUCCUCAACAAGUAGUUCUUUUCAAGCCUAUGAAAGCACACAGUAUUAUAUAUACGAGUUACAGAAUGGUGAAGCCGUUUCUUGCCCCAGACACAUUUGUCCAUUCGCCAUUGUAGGCUUUCUAUACAGUGAAUCAAAAUCCUCUACGUCAGUGUUGAAAAAUGGAAAAAAUGCUACUCAAGACAAAACAGCUUGGCACUACUGUACUUGGAGAGGCCAGAUCAGGAUCAAAGACCACUCCCCAGUGUAUCAUGUAGCUCUCAAGUCAUAUACUGGUGCAGUAAUCCCAUCCAAGCUACCAGAGAAACUAAAAGUUGACAGUGUUAUGAAAGUUUGUGAUUUGAAGAAAGCAUUACCAGAGGCGGCCUUUAAAAGGGAAAGUUACUGUACAAGUGAAGUUUGCUUGGAUGGAAUGUACUGCAGUUUGUAUGAGGUGGUAAAUUCUGCUGAGGAGGAGGACCAGCUUCACUUGUUAACGGAAGAACUAAAAGAAAAAGACUUGGCGCUUGCUCAACAAUUAAAUGAUCACGGACUACUUCUGUUUUUAGCUUCAUCGUCUUUUGAGUUGGAUGAAGAAAAUACCUGUGAGAAAGAUCAUGCACUACAGGCUUUGUUUGUAUUUCCAAACUCAAGAACAGUUACAAAGGAUAUGAAGGCUCCUUAUUUUGUACGAAAAUCGGAAGAUCUGAUUUCUCGUGAUGUGAUGCAGAUUUUGCCUGCCCUUAAUUACGCAGAAAUGAAAGCUGAAAAAUUCCAAACCGACCAGAAAACUCCUCCUUGUGAGUUGGUGGAGCAACACUUGCAUAACUAUGCAACUUUAACUCGGCCAGGGAUCACAGACUCAAGUCCCAUUAGAGAUCUUUUUCCAUUGGCUGAGCAGUAUGAUGUGUCCAGAGUGGAUAAACACCUCUAUAGAACUGCAAAAUGCCCUAAAUCGGCCGUUGCAAACUUGAAGUCCUAUUUCAGUGGAUCAGAUGCAUAUGUGCUACCAGUGUCAAAAGCUUUAGAGCUGCUAGCGGUAUAUCAGAAUGAAGCAUGUGAAGAUGCAGAUGACGACUGCGAGAUUAUCUGCUAUUCUCCUGUGUCUUCACCAGAGGCAGAACAGCAUAUGUGCUGGAAUGAAGGUGACCUUGAUGAUCAAAUAAGAACUUUAGAAAGUGGAAAUGCAUCCUCCCAUGAACAUGAUAUUCACAAGGAAGGCAAGGGCUUAGAAAUGGCAAUUCACGAGGCCCAGGGAGGAGAUACUGAAAGAAUGGAGAUAACAGGGGCUCAAGGCACAGAUCAACAAGAUGCUUUGUCCAAUAAGAACAUAUUCAAAAUAUUAAAAACAAGAGACAAUAAAAUGCCUUCAGGCAGCAGCAAAGAGAGUCGUGGAAAAAGAAAGAAGCCCGUAUUACCUGUUGGUCCUAAAACAGAAGGCCCUAGUAAAAAUUCUAACGGAAACAACAUUGAAAAGAGAAGGAAACCUAUGGCUUCAGUGGAUCAGCAAGGUACAGACAAAAAAGAACGCUCCAGUAAAAGAUUAACAAGAAACAGUGGUGGAAAUGGAAAGAAGCUAUUGGAUUCUGACGAUCAGAUUCACCCAAAAGGGACAACCACUGGAGAUGAGCUACAUCCACUGAAAAGAAAAAUGAAAGGGGAGAGUUAUCGGUAUGGAUUAAAAAAUAUUGUAACAGAUUGUGGUAGAGUUUUUGUUCCACAUGGUUCAAAGGUGUUGCAUACAGAUCUUAUACCAACUGAACAAACCACUGGAGCUGAGGGUGAAUGUAAAACUCACCUGUGCAAAGAAGACAGUCUAGCUAGUGGAGCAGAUUCAGAACUGACACGGUCAGUGACAGAAAGUUUCCACAAUGCAGUAGACAGAAUAGCUCCAAGUGAACCUGAAAUCCAGAAAGAGAGUGAGCAACCCAAAGAUACACAGGUUAAAGAAAAUGAGUUAAUGGAUGCUCUAAAGAAACUGCCUCCCUGUAAAACAAAUGCAGGUAGAGGUGUGGACAGUGUAAAGAAACAAAAAACACUGGCUCCUGCAGAUCAGGUGGUUGCUUUGAUUGAUUCUAAAGAGACACCCACUACAGAUAAGCCAAGUUCACCGAAAAGGAAAAAACAAAACGAUGGCAACAGAGAAAACUGUGAGUUAGAAAAUGUUAGUGUCAACUUUGAAAAAUCGGUCAGUCCACAAAGUGUGCAAGCAUUGAUUACUGACUCUAAAUCAUUAGAGCCUACCAUUGGGUCAGAGGAGAGGCCUACAACCAAAAAAUACCAAAGAAAAAGGCCAGCUGGAGAAGCCGAGUCCUCCAAAUCAACCAAAACAAUGGAAGAAACCAAGAACAGCAACAGAAGGGGAAAGAAGCCAUUGGCCCCUGCAGAUCAGAAGGUUUCUGUGAUUGAUCCAAUUGAGAAUAACAUUGUAGAUGGACUCAGUCCUCUGCCAAGUAUCCAGCAGCCUAAAAAAGUAACGAAACGAAGAAUUGUUAAAGAAAGAGUGAAUUUUCAGACCAGGAUAGCUGAAUACAUGAAAGAAAAUGGUUGGUUGAAUUUUAAAACUACAUCAGAUUCUUCAGAGAAUCAAAAUAUACAAACUAGUCCAUCAGAGCAACCCAUGCUUGAUUGUGAAAGAAAUACAAGGCUUAGUCAGCCCUCGGAUGCACUUAACUUACUGGCAGAUUUGGCUCUUAGCUCAAGUACCUCAGGAACUACUCAUGCAGUACAAUCAAAUGAGACCUCAGAUGUUUCUAAAAACAUGAAUACAAGUGCCAGUCAGGAAAAUGUUUCAAUGGUAGAUAAGCAUGUAGAAAGCCAUACAGUGCUGGUUUGUGAAGCAAAACUUACCCCUACAGGUUUGGAUAAUUGUGAAACUUUGCAGCAAGCUUUGUUGAACAGUAAUAUACAUCUGAAUCUCCCAAGAACUCAAUUUCCUCAAGGACAUCCAGUUACUGAAGAGCUGAUUCUUGGUGUGAUAGUUAAAGAGCAUUCCUAUUCACAACCUUCAUCGGUGCUGAUGGAUUUAACAGAUCAGCCACCUUUGGUCUCCACAAAUAGUGCUGGAUCUUCUAAAGCUGAAUUGGAAAAUGUGAAUGAAGUUGCCUUAGUUGGAAGAGUUGCACCUUUCAUACAUCAGCAGCAACCCUUUUAUGACUGUCAGAAAUCCAAAAAAGAUCCAUCCUUUUCUCAAAAUAUGCAGAAAUCAAGUUGUGUAAAAGCAGGCCUGUCUCGGGUUGUUUUUGAAGUGAAUGGAAUUCUUCAGGUGACCAGAGAAUGGAAAGAGAGUUACGAGUUUGCAUUGGAUAGUAAAUACAGCAAUGAUCCUCUGGAUAAAUGUGUGACCCGGGCCCUCCAUGGACCAUGGAACUUUAAUAUCGAGGAAACAUUUGAGCAGGUGCACCUUAUCCUUCAUAUGUGGAUUGGUCUUUUCUACAGCAAGUCUACUUUGAGGUUCUUUCAGACAGAUACUGUUCAGAGCAGUGAUCAAUCGAAAUGUAUAUUCCAGAUCUCUCCUUCUAAAAGUGUAACUCAGAGAGCACCCCCAGCUGGAAGUUGUGACUCUCAGAUUAAACAUCUCCAGGUGCCAUCUGUUAUUCAGAAAGCUGUAAAAGAACCAGAUAUGGAGGUACUGGAUCGAGGGGAGCAAAGUAAUGAAGCAUUAGAUCUCACUGAGACCAAUUACGAAGCACUGGAUCUUACUGUUCCAAAAAACACAAAGAACAUGGUUCCUCACUCUACCAGUGAACUGGUGCCUUCUGAAACUCCAGAGGAAAGUUGGGUCAGUAAUUACUCAGGCAGCCGAAAUGAAGAUGUAAAUUAUACACAAUUGCAAGAUACAACCACCGCCAAAGCCUGGAGUACUCCUGGCAAAUAUUCAGACAAGGAUUGCAGAGCUGAUGCAGAGCUACAUAAAGAAAUGGAGGAUGAGGAGGAGGAUGAAGAUGAUAACACAGGUGUAUCUUAUAUGUACCCGACCAGAUUCUUGGAUACUGAUAAGGAAUACAUUGAGUUAUGUAACAAAGCAACAAGUUUGUGUAUUGCUAAGGGGAAACCCUACAAUGGAGUACAGAGGACGUUAAUCGAUGACUGGAUGAAGAGAAUUGCCUUAGUGGCUGUUCCAGUUAAUGAAAGAACUACAAAGAGAACCUGUAUACAAACUGAGAAACUAGUUCACAUAUAUACCACAGAUCCAGAGUGUAAGGAAAAAAAGAUGUGCAAAAAAGAUGAGAAGUCUUGUAAUUUAACUGCAGCACUAAGGACUGAAAAAGAUAAUACCAUCUCAGAAACCAUGGAAACUAUAACAAAUUCUGGUGGUACAGUGGCUGUUAUGCACAGCGACAAUGGAGAAGAUGUCAAUAUGCAAAGUCCAAAAGAAUUACUGGAUAGAAAUGAUAAUCAAAAGGACAAGUGUUUGUCAGUCCCUGAAGUCAAUGAAAACAUUUUGCCAGAUGAGUCUGUGGUGGAACAAAAAAUGCACAGGGAAAAUGAGAGUUCUUGUAAUUCAACUGCAGUACCAAGGACUGAAAAAGAGAACACCAUCUCAGAACCCACAGAAACUGUUGGAAAUUCUGGUGAGGCAGUGGCUGCUAUGCACAGCGAAAAUGGAGAAGCUAUCAGUGUGCAAAGCCCAAUGAUGGAACAAUUAUUGGAGAGGAAUGAGAAUCAAAGGCAAGCAAUAUUGUCAGACACUGAAGCCAAGGACAGCCUUUCAUCAGAUGAGUCUGUGAUGGAACAAAACAUGUGCAGAGAAAAUGAGAGUUCUUGGAUUUUAACUGAAGCACCAAGGAGUGAAAAAGAUGACAACUUUUCAGAACCCACAGAAACUGUUGGAAAUUCUAGUGGGACAGUCGCUGUUAUGCACAGUGAACAUGGAGAAGAUAUCGGUAACCAAAACUCACAGAUGGAUGAAUUUCUGGAUGGCAAUGAGAAUCAAAGUGAAGGAAUAUUGUCAGACCCUGAAGUAUACGAAGAUAUUUCAUCGGAUGAGUCUGUGGUGGCACAAAAAAUAUGCAUAGAAAAUGAGAUUUCUUGGAUUAUAGUGGCAAUACCAAGGAGAGAAAAAGAAAACACCAUCUCAGAACCCACAGAAACUAUUACAAAUUAUGGUGGGACAGUGGCUGUUAUGGACAGUGAAAAUGGAGAAGAUAUCAAUAUCCAAAGCCCAACAAUAGAACAAUUACUAGAUAGGAAUGAGAAUCAAAAGGACGAAUGUUUGCCAGUCUCUGAAGUCAAGGAAAACCUUCUGCCAGAUGAGUCUGUGGUGGAACAAAAAAUGCACAGGGAAAAUGAGAGUUCUUGGAUUUUAACUAAAGCACCAAAGAGCGAAAAAGAUGACAACAUCUCAGAACCCACAGAAACUAUUACAGAUUCUGGUGGGACAUUGGCUGUUUUACACAGUGAAAAUGGAGAAGCUGUCCAUUUGCAAAGUCCAAUGAUAGAACAAAAAUUAUUGGAGAGGAAUGAGAAUCAAAGGGAAGCAAUAUUGUCAGACACUGAAGUCAAGGACAGCCUUUUGCCAGAUGGGUCUGUGAUGGAACAAAACAUGUGCAGAGAAAAUGAGAGUUCUUGGAUUUUAACUGAAGCACCAAGGAGCAAAAAAGAUGACAACAUCUCAGAACCCACAGAAACUGUUGUAAAUUCAGAUGGGGCAGUCGCUGUUAUGCACAGUGAACAUGGAGAAGAUAUCGGUAACCAAAGCUCACACAUGGAUGCAUUUCUGGAUGGCAAUGAAAAUCAAAGGGAAGAAAUAUUGUCAGACCCUGAAGUACACGAAGAUAUUUCAUCAGAUGAGUCUGUGGUGGAUAGUAAAGAGAAAGGGUCACAACUAUCAAAUAAACCAGCUCAUGAUUAUGGAGCCUGUUGUUGGUACUCUGAAUUUGAAACAGAUUGUGUACCUGUCAGCCAGGGCAGAAAGGAAGAUCUUUGUGGUGACUCUGAAGAAGCAAGCAGUGUUGUCUGCAGUGCAGUUUUAGACCAGAAUCCAGCAUUCACAAAGACUCAAACUGAACUUGUUGGAAAUGUAGACGAAAACGAAGGCAGUAUAAAGCUACAUAUCUCAAACAGAGGGAAGCAACACACUAGUAGAACAUAUUUGCAAAAUAUGAUGGAUGUGGAUAGUCUGCCCAUUUCUUCUGUUGUUCAUAUCACGGAUUGUUGGGGCAGCCAAAAAACAUAUGCAAACUUCUCAAUAGUUAAACCUAGAGAGAAUGUAUGUGCUAGAACUGUUCAAAAUGCACAGAAGGAGAAUUGGCAACUUAAAGGAUUUAACUUCUUAAAAGCAUGGGAAGAAAUGCAUUACACUAAACCUGAUCUUACUCAGAAUACUUUAGACCGAGAAUACUUGUGUUUUUCUGAUAAACUGAAUCAAAUCACCAAAAGGAAUAAGCACACUGAUCUUUCAGAAGCAUCACAUGCAAAUGGUAGAGCAUUUAGUCCAUUAACCAUAACUUUUUCAGAUUUAGAUGUUGUACCGGAUGACUCACUUCAGACGACUGAUUUACCCUUGAGAAAUCACCAAAUAACAGUGGAUAUGCCUCAAAGAACCGCAAUACAAGAAGCUAAUAAAAUGAAUGAAUUUGGUGACAACGUAACACUUCCGCAUCUUAAGAAACUAACCUAUGUCAAGGAUAUGAGAGAACAACAAUGUGAGAUCUCGGACAUAACAACCAAAUGUUUUCAAUCACAUAUGUCAUCAAUGAAUCAUGUUUGCAAUGGAAAGAGGAAAGAACUGGAUUUGGGUACUACCAGUACAGACAGUCAGAAGAGAAAUAAGGACUUUCUGCAGUCUAGCACAAGGAAGCCUCUGCCAUUUCAGAAAGUUAUAGAUCAUUUAUGUACCGACCUCCACCAAAACCUGAAUGCUGUAGUAAAGGAGUCAUUUAAAACCAAGUUCAAGUUUUACAUCAUUGAAACAAAGAUUGAUGAAUUCUUUGAGAACAUAAAGAAAAUUCUUAAGAAAGAAGGCCAUGCAGAAGUGCAAUUAUCGUACUUUGAUCAGCCGGAUGAGCAUCCAUCAGGCCCCCUCAUCGUUAUCAUCAGGAAUGAAGAUAUCUCUACACAUGUGCACAGAAUUCCGCACUUGGUGGAUCUGAAGAAGGUGCCAAGUGUUUUGUUUGCUGGUAUUGACAGCAUUGAUGAUGUCCUCAGUUUCAACUACCAGGAGCUUUUCAACAGAGGAGGAUUUGUGGUCUGUGAUGGUGCUGUACUGGAAAGUCUAGAACUAGAGCAUUUGAAGGAAAUAGUCAAUGUACUGGAAGAGCUAAAUCAGCAGGGAAGGUGGAAGUGGUGGCUGCACUACAAGGAUAGCAAAAUGCUCAAGGAAAAUGGAAGAACAGUUUCACCAGGCCAUGCCAAGAAGUUCUUCAUGGAUUGCUGCCAGGAAGCAGGCAUUGUGGAAGUUCUUCCAUACCAUGAAUGUGACCUCAUUUCCCAAGGGAAGCCAGAAUAUUUGAACUGCAUGCUGCGUCUACAAGUUCAGCACAUCACUGCCAGGUUUGCUGUCUUCAUAACAGAUAAGGCAGAUGAAUCAUAUGGAAACAAUGGUGUGUUAGCCAUGGACAUAAACACAUUUUUAACACAUUUCAAAACAUUUCAAUACUAAAAUGACAAAACAUUCAAGACCAUUUUGAAUAUGAGGUACAUUCCAGGAAUCUUUAAGCAAAUUGUUGUAAUUUCCAGUCAAUCUCCCCCUGUGCAAAAACAGGUUAUGAUUUAAAGAUUAGUAUACUGGAUUUCCUGGCUUUAGCAGGGUGACCUUAUUUUAAUAUUGCCGUAACUAGCUGUGGAUGUUUUCACUGCAGUGUUGGGGGUAAAAACAAAUGUUACUAGAUGCAAGUCAGUAAGGGAAGCUUAGGGUUGGUUUAUGAAAGUGUUGAGGUGGAUUAGGCAAUUUCACUCUGCAGGAGAAUUGCAAGACAACUUAAAAGUGAACACAUGCAAACAGAAGUAUCAUUUAACCUAGUGUUGUACCAGGUGUUCUUUUUUGGAUUACAAAGACAUGCAUUGUCAUGAUAGUAGUAUGGCAUACAUUAAAUGCAAACAAAAAAAAAAUUAAGGGUUACCAAGUGCAAUAAGGUGGGGUCAGGUGAUCCAGUAGGGAGAGGUAUCCCAUCUUACUGCAUGAAUUCCCUGCAUCAAUUACAUGACCAAUACAGUAGUUUUAUUGUACAGUCCUAGGCUAAAAUAACACUAAUUUAAAUAUAUAUUACAUAUUUUUCAUAAGGAAGAAAAAUAAAAACACUUUUAAAUCCCUAUAAGCUCAGACAAGUUUAACUUUAUCUUGUAAAAUAUUUUGUAAUUUUUUUUUUUUUUUAUGUAUCAUUUAUAUCUGUGGUACUAUUUGUUUGUUUAGGGUGCAUUGUACACUGUAUUGUUUGUUUUUAUAAUGCUACAUGUAGAUAUUAUAUUUAAUGAUGUGUACACCUACGUUUUUUAAGUUGUAUUUCGUUUGUAAUAGUUAGAAAAGACUGGUAUAAGAUAUUAUUGUACAUUAAAAAAAGGCACAGCCAUUAAAUUUUUUGUAACUUUUUUAAAAUGGCAGCUCACGUUCAAGUUUGGCUGGCUGUUUUUCAGAAUCCACCAUAAUACAGGUAAUAAGCAAAGCAAAUGAUUUAUCUUGGCUUCACAAAAGUGCCUUUGCAUACACAUAUUUUUGUUCCAUAAAAAAAAGUCUCCUUUUCCACUAUUUACCUGAACAAGAUUUUUUCUCCGUAGAGAUGCGGAUUGUUAAAUGUCCUUUGCCACGGGCCCAUUCUGUUUGCUAUGACAAGACCCUCUAGAGACAGGGAAACAGUUUACUUUUCUUUUGACAAAUAACAUCUUUAUGGUUCCAAUUAACACUUGAUUUAUAACAAUAGUUGAGAAAUGUUCACAUUAUAUAUAUAUAUAUAUAUAUAUAUAUAUAUAUAUAUAUAUAUAUAUAUAAUUUUUUGCACAAGUCUUAUUAACCAAAUAGCUACAUCAAUAGCUUUAGAAUACCAAUGUCAAGAAUCCAAUUCCUUAUUUUACAGUUUGUAUAUAAUUACAUUUUUUUUAUAUUCCUCUGUAUCAGUGUUACACACAGUGCCAGUGUUAAUAAAUAUCUGACUGCAAUCACUAUCUAACUGGAGGUUUUUUUUUUUUGGUUUU